AUGUUUCCUAAUGCACCACCAACGGAAUCAACACGACGAGUUUUACCACCUGAAUGUCCAAUUGCAAAUUGGAAUGUAUUAGUAUAUAGAAAAGUUGAACCUAUGCAUUCAUUUCAAUCGUAUGAUUUAUCUCAAUCACAAAAUUCUCAACAAGUUUUUGCAUCAUAUUAUGUUCAACUUCAACAACAAUGUAAUCCAUCAUCAUCAACUCAUUCAAAUAUACUUCAUUUACGAUAUAAAUCACAACAGCAAAAAAAUACUGUUAAUUCAUAUAUACUUCCAUUUACAAUAUGUCUAUUAGAUGAUAUAAAAUUAUCACAGGAUACACCACCACUUCCAUCAACACCAGGAACAUCAUCAAGGUUUUAUAAUGUUGAACAACAAAGUGUUCGAAUCAAUCAACAAUCUAUAGAUGUACCAACAUUAGUUCUUCGUGCUAAAGCUUUCCUUGGUGUAUUAGUAUUGAACAAUGCAACAAAUAGUAUCACUGCUAAUACUGCUGGUACUGUUCGCCCAUUUAUGAUCUUUGUAACAGAAGAAGCAUGUAUUGGACGAUUAUUUGAUGCUUAUAUAUAUCGUAUUAUACAAGUUUCAGCUAUUUCUAUACGUGAUAAUCAAGAAGAUGAUAAUUAUGUUGCUGGAAUAAAAAAAUUAUUUCAAGGACGAUGUUUUUAUUAUUCAAAAUAUUGUAAACCUGAAUCAAAUAAUAGUAAACAUUAUUUUGAUAAACCAUAUGAUAUAACAUUAUGUGCUCAACGAAUGGCACAAGGACAUGAUAGUGAUCUACGAUUUUUUUGGAAUCGAGGUUUAUGUUUGCCAUUGUUAAAAUAUAAUAUUGAUAUUCGUUAUUGGAUACCAAAAAUAAUGUGUGGUGGAAUUGAAAAAUACGGAAGCCAAAGUGAUGAUAUUGAUUUAUGGUUAAUAUCAAGGUUAAGUUGUGAACGAGCUGGAACGAGAUUUUAUGUUCGUGGUCUUAAUGAUGAUGGUGCAGUAGCAAAUUUUGUUGAAACAGAACAAAUUGUUCUUCUUCCUAAACAACGUAAUUAUUCAUCAUUUGUUAUUGUUCGUGGUUCAAUACCACUUUUUUGGCAUCAACCAAAAUUUCAAGUUGCUACUCAUCGUAUAACAAUAUCACGAAGUGAAGCAUUAAGUUUUAAAGCUUUUUUUGAACAUUUUAAACAUCUUUAUCGACAUUAUGGUCGUGUAUUAGUAAUAAAUUUAAUUGGACAACGUGAUCAUGAAAAACAUAUUGGAGAUGAAUAUAGAAAUUUAUUUAAUUUAUUUGUUAAAACAUUUAAACAAGCACAAAAUAAUCAAAGAUCAUUAGUAAAUCGUUUAAGUGAACGAGAUUUUAUCUGGUUUGAUUAUCAUGAACAAUCACGUUCUAUUAGAAAUUUAACACCUGAACAAUUUGUUCAAAAAUUAUUAAUUGAAAAUGCACAAUAUUCAAUUGAACAUGAAUUACAACGACAAAGUAUAUUUACGUGGUUUGAUGGAGUAUUACAUAGUUCACAAAAAGGAAUUUUUCGUAUUAAUUGUAUUGAUUGUCUUGAUAGAACAAAUAAUGUACAAUUAACAAUUGGUUUAAAUAUUUUAUCUAUGCAAUUAAAAUAUUUAAAUAAACAAUGUGAUUUAUAUCAUAUAGCAGAUAAAUUAAGAGAAAUGUGGGUUAAUAAUGGAGAUCAUAUUAGUAGAAUUUAUACGGGUACCGGUGCAUUAGGACAACGAAGUAAAGCAAAAGAUAUUCAACGUAGUGUUGGUCGUGCAAUACAAAAUAAUUUACGUGAUGAUGAAAAACAACAAUCAAUGCAAACAUUAAUUUAUACAUAUGCAAAAGAUUCAUAUUUACAUGAACGUUCUGUUGCUGCUCUUUUUACUCCUUAUGUUAUAUCUGAUGGUAUUAUCUUAAGUGAAAUGUUUAAAAAUCGUCGAAAUUAUGUUAAUAAAGAUAAAAUUCGUAUAUCAAUUGGUACAUGGAAUAUAAAUGGAGAUAAAAAUCCAGCAUUAGAACAUGAAUAUCCAGCAAUUCUUGAUGCUUGGAUGCUUGAUGGACCAGAGAAUCUACCAUCGAAACGAAGAAAAGCUAAUACUAUUCCAACUCUUGGAUAUUCUACUAAUGAUUAUGUUAAAUCUAUGCCAGAUAUAUUAGCAAUUGGUUUUCAAGAAAUAUGUGAUUUAACAGCUUCAAAUAUUGUUUCAAAAAGUUCGUCUAAUGCAAAUCGUUGGGUUAAUAAUGUACGAAAUCAUUUUAAAAGAACUGAUCCUAAUAAUGAAUAUAUUCUAUUGGGUAUGGAUCAACUUGUUGGUGUGUGUUUAGCAAUAUUUAUUCGACGAGGUCUAGCACCCUAUGUCAAAAACAUCGGUAUUGAUACAGUUAAAACUGGAAUGGGUGGCGCAAUAGGAAAUAAAGGAUGUGUCGCUGUUCGUCUCGUGUUACAUAGUACUUCUAUCUGUUUUAUAUGUGCACAUUUUACAGCUGGACAAAAUGAAUAUAAUGAACGUAAUAAAGAUUAUAGAUCCAUUAUGGAAAAACUUUCUUUUCAACCGCCAUCAAGAGCAUUAUGGCAUGAUCAUAUAUUUUUUUUGGGUGAUUUUAAUUAUCGUUUAACAAGUUCACGUGCACAAGUUGAACAUUUUAUUCAAAAUCAAACUUAUCUAGAAUUACUUGAAUAUGAUCAAUUAAAAAAAGAACGUACAGAUGGAAAAGUUUUUCGUGAAUUUAAUGAAGGUCCAAUAAAUUUUCCUCCAACUUAUAAAUAUGAUAUUGGUUCAGAUGUAUAUGAUACAAGUGAAAAAGCUCGUACACCAUCAUAUACAGAUCGUAUACUUUGGCGUAGUACAUCACCUAAUGUUCAAGCUACACAAUUAUAUUAUGGACGUGCUGAAGUUAAAACAUCUGAUCAUCGUCCUGUUAAUUCAAUAUUUGAUGUUGAUAUUGAAAUAUGUGAUGAAAAAAAACUCUAUGAUGAAUAUGUUCAAAUAUAUAAAAGACUUGCACCAUCAAAUGCACUUAUUAUUUAUGAUAUGCGUGCUGAUUUAAGUCAAAGAAAACAUCAAUUAAUGGAUGAAUUUGAUUCAUAUGUCAAAAGAAAAUAUGGAUCAGAUAUAUCAAUUGUUGAUCGAUUUUGCACUUCAAAUCAAAGAUAUCUUUCAGUACAUAUGUUUUUUGAAAAUGGUGAACAUGCUCGAAGAGUUAUGGAACCAAAAGAAGAUCAACUUCCUAGUGGAAUUUUCUUCAGUAAACGUUUAAUAGAUUUAAAUGAAGAUAUUGCUUUAAGUCAAAAAUUAAAUAUUCUUUUUGCUGAUGCUAAUCAAACAAUGGAUCCAGAAUCAAUUGCUUAUGAUCCUGGUGCUUAUCAACAACCAGCUCGUGAAUCUCUUUCAACACUACAAGAUGUCAAUGUAGCUGGUAUUGUUCCCGGUGAAGAAUUGUCUUUAAUUAGUGGAAAUGAUACAGAUGAUAAUUAUCAAGAAAAUACUGUUGGUGAAUUGAUUUCAUUUGAUUCUGAUCAUCAUGCAAAGCAUGAUUUUUCAUCAAACAAUAACCUUCAAAGUCAACCGAUGGAUGCAUUGUUUGAUGAAAACUCGUUUGAUCCAUUACAUUUUUCUUCUCAAUCGGUAUCAAAUAAUACUAAAACAAAUAACAAUAAUCUUUUAUUUGAUAAUCAUACACAAUCAACUGGAUCGACUUUUUAUAUUGAUCCAUUUAAUAUUGCUGCUCCACCUCCUCGUCAAACCGAUUCACCAUUAAAUAUGUUUCCGACAUCUUUAGUAAAUUCAACAAAUUCUGAAAAUAAUAAUAAUCGUAGUACAUUUUGUCAUCAACAACCACAUCAAUUUGUGCCUAGUCGACCACCACCACCGGUACCUAGUGUUGCUGCUUCUACACCUGCUCCUAUGCCUAACAAUGAUAGUCAACGACAAUUGACACUAAAAAAUCUUAGUUUAAAUCCAAAGAAUAAUAACAAUGAGUUAAUGAGUGAUUUACUCGAUUUAGGAGAUCCAGGUUCACCACCACCUAGUCCAAAAUUUGAUCCCUUUGGUUGA